AUGGCCAAGUUCUUGAUCUGGGGUGGUGAGGGAUGGGUUGCUGGCCAUCUUAAGGCUCUUCUUGAGAAGCAAGGAAAGGAGGUUCACACCACCACCGUUCGUAUGCAAAACCGCGAGGCUGUUGGAGCUCUGUUGGACGAGAUCAAGCCAACCCACGUUCUGAACGCUGCGGGGUCAACUGGCAGACCAAAUGUCGAUUGGUGUGAGGACCACAAGGAGGAUACCGUCCGAAACAACGUUAUUGGUACUCUCAACUUGACCGAUUGCUGCUUCGAGAGAGGAAUUCAUAUUACCGUUUUCGCCACUGGCUGCAUUUACGCCUACAACGAUUCCCACCCAAUUGGUGGACCAGGUUUCCUCGAGACCGACAAGGCCAACUUUGAUGGCUCUUUCUACUCUGAGACCAAGGCACACGUUGAGGAGGUCAUGAAAUACUACACAAACUGCCUCAUUCUCAGACUUCGUAUGCCAGUAUCUGAUGACUUGCACUCCCGUAACUUCGUCACCAAGAUCGCCAAGUACGAUCGUGUUGUCGACAUCCCAAAUUCCAACACCAUCCUUACCGACCUUCUCCCAGCUUCCAUUCUUUUGGCUGAGCACAAGGAGACUGGAAUCUACAACUUCACCAACCCAGGUGCUAUUUCCCACAACGAGGUCCUCAAACUCUUCAAGCAAUACGUCCGACCAGACUUCACCUGGAAGAACUUCAGCCUCGAGGAGCAGGCCAAGGUCAUCAAGGCCGGACGCUCCAACUGCAAGCUGGAUACCACAAAGCUUGAGAACAAGCUUGCCGAGUACAACUACAAGGUUCCAGAGAUUCACGAGGCAUAUGCGGCUUGCUUCCAGAGAAUGGCCGCUGCUGGUGUCAAAUAG